GUGGUUUUUUUACACUUCCUGUUUUGUAAGCUUUUUUUUUUCGUUUCAGAAAACUGACAGGAAGCCUGAUUGCGCCACGUGUCUUCGUGACUAGUUCUGUCAUAUUUAAACCAUACUCUGGAUACAGAAGCAUAACUUUCAUCUUUCAGAUCAGACCUGCCUUCAAAACAACAAAAAGAACCCCCCCCCCCCAGAAAAAACCUUCAAUUAUUCUUUUGCGGAAGAAUUAGGACGAGAUUGUUAAUUUUGAAACCUGUCUGCAUUUUUCAAGCGCGCUCAGAGGACAGGAAGUGGGUGUAACUGCAGGAAGCGGUGGGCGGAAGAUUUCUUUUUUUUUUUGCUGGAAAACAACGUAAACAAAAGAUGGAGAGAGAGAAAAACAAAAUGACCAAAGUUUGGCUCGCCGCGCUUCUGGCCGCGUCUGUUUGCUUAGCUGCGGAACCCUCUAGAGGCAACACCGAUUCACCCAGCACAACAGAAUUCAGUUACAGCAACAGCUGGACUGGGCCAGAGGUUUACACGGAACAUCAAGAAUUCAAUCAGCCAUCCCUGAAACCUGUAACUGUGGACGAAACAGUUUCUCCGACAGCAGAGGCUCCAGGCGCCCCGAAAACAAGCAACCCCCUUAAAGAGAAGCACCCCGCAGAGAGCCAGAUUGGAUUCCACACCUCCGAUGCCCCAAAAUCCAAAGCAAAGGAGGCGUCUACCACUGGGACCGAGAUAAAAGUAACCGUGACAACGGCCCUGGAAGAAAUCACGGCCAGGGGGCGAACCACAGCGGAGUCAACCAACGCAACUACAGACGAGUCCCAAGCGCAAAACACCUCAGAAGACGACAUUGCGAUGGGUAGAAAGUUCAAGGAACCCCCUGUCGAGACCAUUACCCCUACCCAUACCCUUAUCGCUAACUCUACCCCCACCGCUACCCCUGGCCCUCCCACACCCCCUAUCCCUACCCUUACCCCUACUGCUACCUCUACCCCUGACCCUUCCCCUGUCCCUGUCCCUGCCCCUGCCCGUACCCCUGUCCCUUCCCCUGACCCUACACCUGCCCCUGCCCAUACCCCUGGCCCUACCCCUGGCCCUGUCCCUCCCCCUGUCCCUUCCCCGGACCCUACACCUGCUCCUGCCCAUACCCCUGGCCCUGUCCCUCCCCCUGUCCCUUCCCCUGACCCUAAAGCCAUCACCACAGCCGCAACUAAAACCAGAGCUUCAACCGGGGCCACGACACCACUGGCUCCCAGGAAGGGCAGCUGGCUGUGGAUCGGAGGGGCCAUGCUCAUCAUCCUGGGCGUCGGCUGCUGCCUCUUCCUGGGGAUGUGGGUGAACGCUAGGAGGAAGAUGAGAUCGGAGACCCUCAACGGCAGCAGCCAGUGGGUGAAGAGCAAGGGGAGCAAGAGCAAGGCGGGAGACACCUGGGCCGGCCCCGUGCCAGCGAAAGACGACCUGGCAGCGAUCGAGAUCCACGAUAUGGACGCUGUUAAAGAGAUGGACGCCAGCAACGGAAGAGCUUCCCUCACCACCUUCUCCGCCCAGAGUGCCUCGGGUGACGGCAAGGCGGAGGAGACAAAGAGCGUCACCCAACCACUCCUCGAGGAUGCCCCGAAGGAAAACGGGAUUCCUGCCGUCGUCGCGGAGGUUAGCUCCCCACCCCAAGCCAAUGGGCACCCGGGGGGCAGCGAGGACGACGGUGUCUUCCCCCCCCUGGAGGCAAGCUUCUGCUUGACGUCUUCUGUGUGAGCGGAUUACCUUGCUGGCUUUUCUGGUCUUGGAAACAGUUAAAAGUCAGACCCGAUCGCCAGAAUCAUAUCCCUUACCCCAAUAUCAUAUCAGACACUGGGUCCGCAAAAUGUGUGUUUAAUAAAUGUGUGCUGAUAUUUGUACUCGUAUAAAAAUAUUUUUUUCAUCGGCAGUUUUCUGGCCACAGGGUGGCAGCAGAAAUCCCAGGCAAAUUCUCUUCCGGUGGCUUUUAAAAAGAGUUGCAUCACUGCGCUCACCGGUAAAGGUGAGAGAAAUCUCAGCGAAUUCAUUUAUUUUCUGUAAAUUUUAAAUACUUCUCAACGGCAGCAGCAAAGGAAUACCCACUACAAACUCUUCAGGGCAUCGAGGCGAUUCAUAGUGGUUAGGUGCUGGGGUAGGUUUUAGGGCAUGGGCUGUUUCAGGGUAGGGCAGGGGUUGGGUUAGGGUCAGGGUGGGUUGAUGUCAGAGCAGUGCCAAGCUCUGGAAGUGAAAGGUGAGAGUGUUUGGCAAAUGCCCUCGAAUCAUCUGAUGCCCUUGGGACGCUUUCUAGCGGAUAUUCCUUCCCACUGCUUCAGAGUACAAGUUUCAGCACGCACACCCCCUAGUGUUGGGAGUUAUUUUUAAGGUUUUUAUUUUUUAGGGUUCAGAAGUAGUUUUUAACAUGUUCUAAGCUUGCAGUGUUCAUUAUUUGAGGGAGGGCUGAAUGUCCAAUGUCUCCCCCUAGUGUAAGGUACUGGCAUUGUAGCACAGGGUGAGUCAUGCGUUUGGGUUCGAAUCCCAUUCUUUGGGGGCGUUCCUAUAGGGGUCGCUGUAUUGUAAUUGUAACUCUGAUGAAAGUUUACCACUGUAUUAUUUGCACAGUAUUUUGGCAUUGCUUUGCUCAUAGUUAAUUAACCAUGUGAUAAGAGUGUGUGUCUCUGAGUGUGCGUGUGUGUGUGUGUGUGUGUGUGUGUGUGUGUGUGUGUGUGUGUGCUAGGUUGCGACAGAAUUCAUUUAUAGUAGAACCAGCUAAUUGGCGCUAAUAGCCUAAAUUGUAAGUAAACUGCAAGUCGCAUUUCAAAAAAGAAAAAACAUAAUUACGAGAAGGACUUUUUCUUUUUGUUUGUUUGUAUUAUUUGGCUGCUGUGGAUGAAUGCAGAAUGCAUAGCAAUACAUAGUCAGCUAAUGCUAGACUGAGCUUCAUUUGAAACAGGCUUCAUUUGAAUACCGUGAUGUAACGAUGAAUAUAAUGCUCUAGGAUUGUUUGUUAUUAAAAUAAAAAAAAACUUUUAGUUA